AUGGAGUUUAUAAACACGAAUUUCUUAAUGCAAAAUGAUUUUAAAGAAUUAAAUAAUUUCGAUACGUUCCGCCAAGAAGUACCACAGAAUUCAGAGUUGCCGAAUUAUUUACAAAUGCUGUAUGAGUGUGGCGGCGAGAGGAUUGAUCAGAUGCAAGGAUACCAACAGUUUGGAGUUCAGGAGUUUGAUUGGCAGAACUGGUGGGGAGAACAGAUGGUUAAAGAAGAGGAGGAGGAUCCGGGCGCUACAACUAGUCUUCAGGAAGAAGAAUUGAGACUGCCUGCGGCUCGUAAAGAGAGGACGGCGUUCACAAAGACACAGAUCAAGAGUCUAGAGGCUGAGUUUGAACGAGCCAACUACCUCACACGACUUAGAAGAUACGAGAUCGCGGUCGCCUUACACCUCACUGAGAGACAGGUAAAGGUGUGGUUUCAAAACAGAAGAAUGAAAUGGAAACGAACCAAAGGUGUCGCGAAGAGCGCCAGGAGAGUCGACUAG